AUGUCUAGCGACAAACCACGCCGUAAGAUCAAAAUAGAUACCAGAUUCGGGAAUGCGAGGGAAUCCCGAAGCCGGAAGGACCGUCCCUGUGAUGCUUGCAGGUUGAGAAAAUCUGCUUGCGUGAUAGCCGUCAAGCCUCCAUGCCGUUUCUGCGAGUUAAGAGCCUUACCAUGCACUUUUACAUCGAAACCACGUCCAAGACGGCGUGAAGAUGCAGUUUCUCCAGAUCAAGAUGAGGCCGCACCCAAUGAUAAUGCAAGUCCAUCUGAGCAGUUAGCAUCUGUACCUCAAGCAUCUAGAUUUCCUGUUCCGUUGGUACCACCUAGACGAGGCUCGGAUGAACUAUUUGUAAGCUCGCCAUUCGCUUCGGCAGAACCGAGUAGCGCUACAAGACCAUACAGCCGACAGUAUCUAUCAUUACAGCAGCUUACUUCGGCGGUUGAGGUACCUUCACCCUUUUAUGCCGUUACACCUGCUCGACCUCCAGGCCAGGAUCCGGUUCCUCACUCGAACCAUGAAUGGGAAGAGAUUCGACUGAAGAAUUCCCUCGAGCGAGGAAAAAACAUUACAGCACACUUUGUGGGCAUUUCCGGAGAACAAGAUACCAAUCUCUUCGCCUCUAUCAGAUACAACGUCAUAAAUGAGACCAGAUUCGUAGACUUCAACAUUAGGAUGGUGUUUGAAGGAGAUCCAGAGCAAGGCAAACCGCCCGCUCACUUCUCUAUUGUCAACGAUACUUUCUCAGAACGAGACCAGAGGGCAAACAGACUUGCUUCGGAUGCGAUCGAAGCACAUGUCAGAGGUUACGGGGAUGCUUUGCUACGACUUUACUUCCGUUUCGUGCAUCCUAUAUUCCCAGUUCUCUCCAAAGUACAUAUCUUGAGUGAGUACGCAAGGGACAAGCUCAGCAUCCCCGCGUCUCUACGAGGUGUUAUAUACGGCCUUGGUUGUGCCAUGUGGAGUCAAGAUUCUGCUCUGAAGCAUCAUCCACCUGUCUCUCAGCCAGAACUGUUCGAGCAUGCUCAUGCAGCACUAAACCGCGAAUUAGACUCACCUAAAUUGGCUACGCUGCAAACGUGUCUUUUGAUUCUUCACGAGCAGGCAGAUGCUAGUGGGACGACGGAGAGUCCUAGGAUAUGGACUCUUGCUUGCCAAGCAACUGCUUGUGCUCAGAGCUUAGGACUACAUCAAGAUCCUACGAACUGGAAAAUCCCGCUCUGGGAGAAGAAACUUCGGAAAAAGUUGUGGUGGGCAACGUAUGUGACUGAUUUGUGGACAUCCAUCUGCCAUGGUCAGACGCCACAUAUUGUUGAAGGGACGUAUGAUACGUCUGAGCUGGAUAUGGACGAUCUUGCGUCCGAUGAAGAUGUCUCGGGUCUUUUGGGAGAGAAGCUACUCGCAGAUCAAGAUCGCUGGUUUGAUCCUGAUAGUGGAUUUAGAUUUUUAGAGCUUAUUAGAGCAACUAAGACGUUGAGUGGCGUUGUUGGAAAUGCUUUUACACUCUCAGGAUACAAACAAGCUAUCCAGAAACUAGAUAUCCCUGCAAGAGAAGCAAUGAUCUGGAAAUACAAGGUUGCGGUUGAUCAAUCUUUGUUGUUGAUCCCGCGAUCACUAACAAUAGACCAUCCUGGCACAAGUCAUUCUCCGAACAUGAAUGCACAUCUCCAUCUAGGCAUUUUUACAAUUAAGUUUCUCAUCUAUCGUGCAUUGAUGGCACCAGCAACAUCAGAGUCGAAGACGAACCCCACUUCGAGGUUACGUCACCACUACUCAGGAGCUUUGGCAGAAGGAGAAGCUUUGAUGACAUUCAUGGAGAAAUUGUCUACCAUGGACUUACAUACAUUCUGGCCUCGUCACAGCCGCACAAAUUUGAUAGUGGCCGGGAACCAUCUCAUAUAUCUUUUCUUCUGUGCAUCAACACAAGAGCAAGGCACCAAGUCGUAUGGCAUGCUAGAGAAGUAUAGAGAUAUAUUGCGAAACAUGGCGAAAGCUGCGGACUGGAGUACGAUUGGAUUAAUUCGACCGUCGCUCUUAAGAACAGAAUCUUUCUUUCAUGGCGCGGCGGAGGGAAUACGAUUAGCUGGCCGGACAUGA